AUGUCUCCACGGUCAAGUUCAAGCUCCCGAUCCCCACCCUCAAAGUCCAAAAACCCCCGCCCCAAAAAGACCCCUCUAACAAUCCUUCUCUCCUACACUGCCACUGCUUCCUCUCUAAGAUCCCAGCUCGAAACCGACCUAACCACAAUCCGAAAACGCAUCCGUCGCGCAAAAUACCAUAAUAUACCACAAACAAACCUUCUAUCCAUCAUUGCUUCCAUAAAACAGUUGGCAGAUAUAUACGCAACCACAGCGAUGGCGUAUGUAACCGCUCGUAAUACGGCUGAGUUAUAUGCCAUCAGCGCUUCUGCGUUAGAAAAGCUGAUGAGAGUUGAGGAGGAACUUAAGAAGUUUGAUAAUGUUAAUCUUGGUGGCGAUGAUGAUGGCCUUGACUGUAGUGGAGCAAGUAAAGAAGGGAGAAGAGACAGCAGAAGGGAGGGGGAGUAUGAAAGAAGAGAAAGGAGGAAAGAGGAAGUUAGAAGAGAAAGUGCACUGUAUUAUGAAAGGGAAGGGAGACGGCGCAAGGAACCCUCAGAUUUGAAUAAUACUCUCCAGCAUGAUCCACAAUAUGCAAAUUACAGAAGGAAUGAUGAAUCGAGCUCAUUUACUCCGGAGGGUGCUCGCUCACCUCCUUCUUCAACCAGGCAACUACGACCACCGCGACCACCGCAUGCUGUAUCUUCUCCUCGGCAGACUCAACAACCUGACUGCGAAAAUCCAUAUGCUGAGACUAUCGAGGGUAGGUUCGAGUUAAUGGGCGUUCCGGACUUGGGUGGUAGAAGGAGAGAAAGGUAUAAUGUCUUUCAAACCGGAAGAGCUGGGCUGGGGUCGGAUGUGCACGUUAAGACUGUACCAGCGAAAAAACCAGAUGUCCACGUUAAGACUGUACCGGUGAAAAAACCAGAGGCGGUAGAGGUUGGUCGUGGUGCUGAGACGGAGAAGCCGGUGAGGCCAGUUUAUGGGACCGUUAAGGUUAUCCCUGCAAAGGGGAGGCUGGUGAAGAGGCUACUAGAGAACAAGAGAAAUUAA